AUGAAACAGGACGAAGGAUGUCGUCCCUCGCCAGCUUCCAUUUGUCCUCCAGAAAUCCUAGCCAUCAUAUUUGAGGAGUGUGUCGAUCAAGUUCACACUCUUCCGCCCAGCGACAGGCAUCCUUUCCACUUCUGCAACAAACCAUGCCUCUCCUGGAUUGCGGUAACUCACACUUGUCGUCAUUGGCGAUUUGCCGCUUUAUUGGACACGUCAUUAUGGACUCGGAUCCCAACAUUCUCCAAGAAAUGGAGUGCUGUAUUCCUCGAUCGCGCAGCUUCUCGUCCACUACAAGUUAGCGAAAUUAGCCUUUUCGCGCCGCGUUACCUUGAGGAUCACAUCCAGCCCCGUCGGUUUCGGUGGCGGAAUCCAUUCAAAACUCGACGGUCUCCUGCACUGCAAACAAGAUCUAUCGAGAAGCUCAUCACACAGACACGGGAACUCACCAUCACAAUCGAGGAAGGCAAUAUAUUUCCGCUAUUGUGGGAGCAGCUACCGCCACUUCCUCACCUUCAGUCGCUGAGCAUCAUCGGACACAGGACUUCAGAAUCCGACCUCUCACUCUCCCACGCUCUCACCAAGGUGUUUGAUGGUGGCGAAGCAGCACAGCUGCAUGUUCUUCGUCUCCAAAAUUGCAUCCUCCAACAGAACUUCUCGUAUUCUCUGCUUCGCCGGAUCACGAUCUUGCAUGUUCAUUCCCUACCCGUUUCUCCACAAGCCAGUCAGCAGGAACUAUUGCGCAUCCUGAGGUAUACCCCCGAGCUACAAGACCUUGUCUUCCGCGAGUAUUCCUAUCCCAUCUAUCUACUCCCAGAUCAGAAUAGUGUAGCUCUCCCGAGUCUCAGAAGCCUUGAAGUCUCAGCUCCGACGAACGUCUUCGCUGGUUUCUUUCACUGCUUAAAGCUAAUUCGUCCAUUGACUCGGCUACGCUUAGAAGAACUCGUAUGCGAUCACACAUGCAGGAAUGCCAUGCCCUUCUUAGCUGCCUGGGAUAUACCCUAUCCCGAUAGAAUUGGCUCGAUGGAGAUUUGUAUUCAAACCUACAGUUGCCUCCAGACAGAGGUCUACAUUCAUGUAUCACCAACGGAAAUCUGUGAAGAACGAGAAGUUCGGCUCAAAUGUAACCUAUAUGGCCGGGCAGCCGCAUCUCAAAGCCUCUUCGACCUUCCCAUCCGCCUCCUAACGAAACUGACGCUACUGGCUCCUGACCUCUGUUACCUCGACUUGCGCGCCGCCCUCGAGCACGCCCCAUCACUGCGGUACCUCGUCGUAUACCCGAAUGACUUCCUCCAUUUGACAGAUACUCUUGCAUGCUCACCUAGAGGCAACAAGUUAUCUCCUGCGCCAGCGCUCGAGACCAUCAUUUUCGCAGACUUCAGUAACGCAGCUGAAAUUCUUGAACUAAAUCCGUAUACAGAGAUCAAUCGUUGCUGGCGCGGUCUUGGAGAAUUCUUGCAUUGUAUUGCGCAAAGGCAUACCCUUGGCUACGCAUUGCACAGGAUGACGUUUGAGAACAGCCGGGAUUCGUGGCCUGCAUCCGUGCAGUGGAGUUUUCUGGAGGAUAUAGGCGUUGACCUAUCGUUUGGAAGCACAGCUCUUCCUUAAAUGUUUCCUGACUAACGUCUCUGCAACUUACGAAUGCCUCGCGCUUAUCCGACAGAUAGCUAGCUGAACAUGAUAUGUAACCUAUUGAAUAUUCUACAUCAAAUGCAACUGUACCGUAACUAUCAAUGUAGAUACAUGUUUUUAAGACUUGUACGUUGCCAACCAC